CUCAGAAAUAGAAUUAUUGAAAGUGCGACUUUCAACUAAAAUAUUCAUCAGACUUUUCGCAAACUGGUUGACGUUUCCACAACUUGAAGAUGGCCGAAGAUGCCCAAAAAAACCCUUCAUUUCAGCAGCAAAGAGUCAUAAUCCCGAACAAACAUGGCAAUAAACUAGUGGGCAUACUACAUGAAUCUGGAACCCAAGAGAUUGUUAUCCUAUGCCAUGGUCUUCGUGCUUCCAAGGAAAACUUUAUCAUGACAAAUCUAGCUGCUGCUCUUGACAAUGCAGGAAUCAGUUCUUUCCGGUUUGACUUCACUGGAAAUGGGGAAAGUGAAGGUUCAUUUGAGUUUGGUAGCUACUGGAGGGAAGCUGAGGAUAUACGUGCUGUAGCUCAACACUUUCAAGAAACAAACCGUACAGUUAUUGCAAUUGUUGGGCACAGUAAAGGAGCUAAUGCAGCGCUUCUUUAUGCAUCAAAAUAUCAUGACACUAAAACAAUUGUCAACCUAUCUGGUAGCCCUGAUUUGAAGAUAGGCCUUGAAUUUCGUUUUGGCAAAGAUUUUAUGGAAAGACUCAGGAAGGAAGGUUUCAUUGAGUUAAAGGCAGAGUCAGCAGGAGGUAUUGAUCAUCGUGUAACUGAAGAAAGUUUGAAGGAUCGGUUAAACAUAAUUAUGCUUGAAGAAUGCCUGCGUAUUGACAAAGAAUGCAGGGUCUUUACCGUUCAUGGUGGAAGAGACACCCUAAUCCCGGUUGUAGCUGCACUUGAGUUUGGUAAGGUUCUACCUAAUCACAAGUUACACAUCAUAGAAGGAGCUGAUCAUGUAUAUACUGAUCAUCAAGCUGAGUUAGCGUCCUUUGUGGUGCAUGUUAUAAAGGAAACCUUGCAAAUGGACCUUCUUAAUGCUACUUAGCAUUCUGCAGGUCCCUGAUGGACACAUCCUUCAUGACGCACUAUCGUAAUUUGCCGCGUGGUACAUUUGAGGACUCUGGUCAUGGUGGAGAGGCUUUAGUUUUAUUCAAUAAGAGAACCAUUGCACAACGUGGCAGUAAUAUUUAUAGACAAAUGUUAACUAGUAUCUUGAGUUUUAGUUAGGGAAUAAAAGAAAUUAAAAGUUUCUAUUUUAAAUUACCAUUAAUUAAUGCAUUUCUUUUGAAAUCUUCAAUGUGAAUUACAAUAAAACUUUAUGAUUUUAAAUUUCUAACCUUGUACCUUAUUUGUGUGUAGGUAUGUUAAAUGGGAAAUAAGGUCGAGGAUAGUCAUUAUACUUUUACCAUAUCAUGUUGAAGUAUUAUGUUAUUA